AAGUGUGCGCAUCAGGGGCGGGGCCCCAGGAAAGCACCGCCGGAAGUGGCGAUUGCGAGGGGCAGAUUCCUCCGGCUCGGCAUGGCGGCGAUUCCCCCCGACUCCUGGCAGCCGCCCAACGUCUACCUGGAGACCAGCAUGGGAAUCAUUGUGCUGGAGCUGUACUGGAAGCACGCACCAAAGACCUGCAAGAACUUUGCAGAGUUGGCCCGUCGAGGUUACUACAACGGGACCAAAUUCCACAGAAUCAUCAAAGACUUCAUGAUCCAAGGUGGUGACCCAACAGGAACAGGUCGAGGUGGCGCAUCUAUCUAUGGCAAACAGUUUGAAGAUGAACUUCAUCCAGACCUCAAGUUCACUGGGGCUGGAAUUCUGGCAAUGGCCAAUGCGGGGCCAGACACCAACGGCAGCCAGUUCUUUGUGACCCUUGCCCCCACCCAGUGGCUGGAUGGCAAGCACACCAUUUUUGGCCGAGUGUGCCAGGGUAUAGGAAUGGUGAACCGAGUGGGCAUGGUGGAGACAAACUCCCAGGACCGCCCCGUGGAUGACGUGAAGAUCCUUAAGGCAUACCCUUCUGGAUAGAAGUGCUGCCCUUGGGCACACCCAGGUCUUCUGGGAUGGGCCCAGUGACCUACAGUGACUUGUGCCUUUGCCCCACUCAUGGAGCUGAGGAAGUCUGGGGUCUUGGGCGAAUUAGAGAUGGAGGUGUCUGCUCCCAGUGCCUACAUGGACAGGGCAUUUGCAGAGACUCACAGGUUCCCAAUCACCACGAUGCCCAUUUGUCUCCUUCCUGUGCAUGCCUGCUCUGACACCUUUGGGACAAAAUGAAGCAGGUGGGUCAUUUUGUAGUGCUGCCACAAGCUUGCUUCUGGGGACAUUUCUGUUCUGGCCAGCAGCCCCUGAAUUCCAAAGCAAGCCAUAUGGGCUGGACUUGUUAAUGCUGCACGGCCCCUUUCGGCCUCCCGCGUGCGUUCUUCCAGGGAAUAUAUGCAGUGCUCUGUAUUUUCCUUCUCAGAGCUAGAACAUCAACAUUGCUGCCUCUGACACUUAAACAUCUCACACAAAGCCAUACUGAAUUUUUGCCAGAUGGAAAAACGUUCCAACAAUCAAGUUGCUAAGGUGUCAAGUGGGGAAUGAUAAUGUGUAAUAAUCGAGGGGUGUAUCUAUGAAAAGGAAGCAGAGCGUUGACUGUUCCCUAGCAGGAGCGACUGGCUAGCGGCUAGUGAGCACAGGGAGUGACACUCUUGUGUUUGGGUUUGCAGGGGAAGUAAGGGUGCGAGGAAGGACGUUAAUGCCUUUGUAAUACAUGGAAACUUCCAGAAUAAAGUACCUUUGGUGGUUGA